CGAUUAACGCGCGAGACCAGGAGCUCGAGCGUUUCACAUGAGCGUGCGCGUCAAUCACGUUCUCCUCAGGUGUGUGGUUUAACGGGUUCUUUCUUUCUUUAAAAAAAAAAAAAAAACCUUUUAAAGUUGAGAAAGGUAAUCAUACAGAGAGAGAGAGAGGUAAACCUGAAGGAUUAUUCUGCUGUAAACGAUGUAGGGAAGUGUUUAGGCCGGGUUUAAGGCUGAUAUGCUGGGUGUUCGGUGGCUGGUGGGCUGCUCGGCGCUGGUGGCCUUGUCGGCCGGGUUCGACGCGGAGAGAUGCAGAGAUUUAAACGUGUCGAUCAACGUCGUGCUGCCGGCUGAUGACGACUCACCGUGGAGCUUGAAUUAUGUCCGCUUCGCUGUGGAAAAAGCCAUCGAGGAGGAAAAUCUCAUUAAUAAUCGAACAGGCCUGAACUUCACGAUCAGGAGCAUCUUCCGUGGGUAUAACACCACACUUUACAGACGCCGAGGGUGCGGGAGCAGCACGUGUGAAGGAGUGGAGAUUCUCAAAUCACUACACGAAACCAGAGAGGUCGGCUGUGUGAUGCUCGGACCGUCCUGUACAUAUGCCACGUUCCAGCUGGUGGAUCAGGAGGUGGGUUUGACUCUGACCAUACCCGUAAUAUCUGCGGGGAGUUUCGGCCUGUCCUGUGACGGUAAGGAAAAGCUGACUCGUCUGCUGACGCCGGCCCGAAAAGUCUCCAGCUUCUUUGUUCAUUUCUGGAACGUGACGAUGCCCAGACUCAAGCCGAAGUGGAAGACAGCUUACGUCUACAAACAACAGAGCAUCUCUGAGGAGUGCUUUUGGUACAUUAAUGCGUUGGAAGCGGCGACGGCUCAGUUUUCCACGCUGAUCAACAGGCAGGUGUUGCGCAGUAAAGAAGAGAUUGCGCUUUCUUUGUCGGAUGCAAACAGACACAGCAACAUCUUCAUCGUGUGUGGCGGCCCAGACGACAUCGCCUCCAUUAAAAACGGGACGAACGUGAACAAAGACAUCGCCUUCAUCCUUAUAGACAUUUUUAAUCAUGGAUAUCACAUCAACACAUCAUCGUAUGACUUUAUGAGGGACGUACUGGUGCUGACCAUGCACAACAUACGCAACUACACUCUGCCUGACUGGCCCCACCAUGACACUACUCUGAAUGAUUACGUCGCAGGUUAUUAUGACGCCGUGGUUCUCUUUAGUGAAGUGAUGAGGAAGAUGUUACUCGCGAGUCAGGGCCUGGGCUCAGGAAACACCACCAUCAACACCCCCAGCGACAAUCCCUUCCGAAACCUGUCCUUUGAGGGAUUGGGCGGUCGCUAUGAUUUGGAUAAAAAUGGAGACAGAGAUGUGAAUUUUUCAUUGAUGUACACGACCAGCACGAUUCAGUAUAAGACACUGUUUGUGUUCGACACCUCCAAUGACAAGACCACGCUGAACCAUAGCAACCCCGAUCUGCCCUGGCCAGGCUCUCGACUGCCUGACGACAAACCUGAUCACGGCCUGGAGACGCACGAUAUCAUAAUGAUUGUGCUUGGAAUCAGCGUUGUACUUGCUACUGCUAUUGCGUUGAUCUUCUACAGACAGAACAGGAAACAGCGCUAUGAUCAGAAGAAAUGGUCUCAUAUAAACUCAGAUCUCAUCACGCCCCUAGACAACAAACAGUCAAGCUACAUCUCUCUCAAAAUCGAUGAGGAUCAGAGGAGAGACAGCACAUAUCAGAUUCGGAGAGGACGCUACGACAAAAAGCCUGUCAUUCUCAAAGAGCUGAGGCAGUCUGAUGGAAAUUUCUUUGAAGAACAGCGCAUUGAACUGAACGCUCUGCUGCGGAUCGAUUACUAUAACCUCACAAAGUUCUAUGGCACUGUGAAGUUCGAGUAUGGAGUCUUUGGCGUGUUUGAGUACUGCGAGAGAGGUUCUCUGAGGUAUGUCCUCAACGAUAAGAUCUCAUACCCAGAGGAGAGCUUUAUGGACCUGGAGUUUAAAAUCUCCGUCAUGUACGACAUCGCAAAGGGUAUGUCUUACCUGCACUCCAGUAAUAUAGAGAUGCACGGGAGACUUAAAUCUACCAACUGCGUGGUGGACAACCGCAUGGUGGUGAAAAUCACAGACUUUGGCUGCAAUACUAUUCUGACCCCACAGAAAGACCUGUGGACCGCUCCUGAACACCUGCGCAUGCUGGGGAUCUCUCAGAAAGGAGACGUGUACAGUUUCGCUAUAAUCGCUCAUGAGAUCAUUCUGAGACAGUGUCCUUUCUACACUGAGAGCUGCUCAGAUGUGGCAGAGAAACUGUACCGGGUUCAGUAUCCGAGUGGACCCAACAUCUUCAGACCUGACCUCAACUUUGAGACUGCUGGAGAGAGAGAAGUGGAGAUGUAUGUGCUAAUUAAGAGCUGCUGGGAUGAAGAUCCGGAAAAGAGGCCGGACUUUAAGAAGAUAGAGAACUCUUUGGGGAAGAUCUUCAGUAACCUGCAUGACCAGGCCAACGCUAGCUACAUGGACAAUCUGAUCCGACGGCUGCAGAUGUACUCCCGCAACCUGGAGCAUCUGGUGGAGGAGAGAACCGCACUGUACAAGGCAGAGAGAGACCGAGCUGACCAGCUCAACUUCAUGCUGCUGCCCGGGCCCGUGGUGCGGUCGCUGAAGGAGACGGGUCGUGUGGAGCCGGAGUUGUUCGACGAGGUCACCAUUUACUUCAGCGAUAUCGUGGGCUUCACCACCCUCUGCCACUACAGCACGCCCAUGGAGGUGGUGGACAUGCUCAACGACAUGUACAAAAACUUCGACAGCAUCCUCGACAGCCAUGACGUCUAUAAGGUGGAGACUAUAGGCGACGCGUAUAUGGUGGCGUCCGGUUUGCCCCGGCGGAAUGGGAACCGGCACGCGGUGGACAUCUGUCACAUGGCCCUGGACAUUUUGGAGUUUAUGGGGACAUUUCAGCUCCGUCACCUGCCAGGAAUACCACUCUGGAUCCGUAUAGGCGUCCACUCAGGACCCUGUGCAGCAGGUGUUGUGGGGAAUAAAAUGCCACGUUACUGCUUAUUUGGAGAUACGGUGAACACUGCGUCACGAAUGGAGUCGACAGGACUGCCUCUGAGGAUCCACGUGAGCCAGUCCACGAUCAACAUCCUCCAGAGGACAGAAUGUCAGUUUGAGUACGAGACACGAGGAGAGACCUUCCUCAAGGGUAAAGGAAAGGAGAUGACGUACUGGAUGAAAGGUGUAACAGGACAGAAGUACAACCUGCCCGCUCCACCGACAGCAGAGAACUUUCAGCGCCUGCAGCAGGACCUGGCCGAUCUGAUCGUCUCCACGCUUGCUAAACGAGGGAACGAGAUAAGAAAGACUCUCUCCACACGCCAGCGCAGGAGCCAGAGACGCGGCAGCGACGGCUUCCCAGAGUACCUGCACCUGACUGACCCCAGCACUUACCUGUAGCUCACACAUACACACACACACACACACACACACACACACACACACACAACUAAUCCCAAAAAUUGGGACGGACAAUUGACUAUUCAGUCAAAACCCAGUUUCGUGAUCUCCCCGCUCUUACACGCAGUUUAGCUCAUGGAACCUUAGAGAACGUGGUCCGAUAAACCGCCGGUUUGCGUGCGAGACACGAGGACAGGUCCUCCUGAAGGUGAGAAUUAGAACAUGAAAUUUUCCACUUAAUCAUUCUUAUAUUGAAAUUUGCACAACGUUAGAUCAUUGUCUCAGUGAAAUAAGUGAUUAGCUCUUGUAGUUUCCCACCUGAGAGUUCAUUUCCACACUGGCGUUAUUUACAGGACUUCGAGUUGUGAUUCGUAACAAAACUAGAAAAUCGCAGACCCUUUAACGGACGCUCCGUUUCGAGAACCGCCGACGCGAUGCCUCUCCGCUUGCUUCAGUAACACAAAUUCGUUCAAGCCAACUGAUACAUGGAGUUAAAUCACGUAUCAUGCUUCGAUAACGAUCAUGUUUGUGCACAAAAAUAACAGCUGUAUGUCAAGUGUCGAGCAGAAACCAGCAACGGAAAUCUCCAUUCUAAAGAGAGAGAGAGAGAGAGAUAGAGAGAGCUGUAUGUUAAGCGUUGUCUAUAGUAUACUCUGUAUGACUUUAUUUUAUACAUAAAGCAUGUCUCAGCAUGUCUGUAUGUGCUCAGAUUCUCAUGUUCAACAAACUGAAUAUUCUCCACAAGUAGGCGCUAGUGUGGCGCUACACGGUUCUCUCGUCAUGCCGUAGGCGUGUAGAAUGUGCUUCUUAGUGAGGUUGGGAGUUUUGGUAGACUUUGUAUCAAAGGUAUUGUGUGUGUGUGUAUGUGCGCUUGCUUUCUCUAAGCCCAUUAAGCAUUGAAGUACAUUAACCGCACCAUUUUAAUGAAUGGACACGAUGAAAACGGAUACGCGUGGAGACCUCUAGGGUCAUUCGUGCACACAGGAUUGAACAGAAAAUAAACAAGGUGUUGCAGUCUGGCCUUGAUGGAUGCUUACAUGUCUGCAGAUGGAUGAUUUUAUCAUGUUAUAAGGGGGAAAAGAAAAAGACCCACGGUAGUUGUACGAGGCCUUUUUAGAAAGCGUGCAGUGCCGUAGUCGUUCUGUAAUAAGCAGGACGUGUAAGAACGACCUCAACCAUUCGAACUGAAUGCCCGGCCCCCGGCAGGUUUUAAAGAUAAGUCAGAUAAGAUCUAUGUUUCUAAACACGUCGCUGAUGAGCUGGAUUUACACCCGGAUGAAGGAUUUGCAAAACAACCCAGGAGUUGUGUCACAGAUGACUCGUCAACUCUGGGCUUCAUUUUUUGAAUUUAUAUAUAUAUACACACACACACAUAUAUAUAUAUAUAUAUAUAUAUAUUUUGUUGAUGUUUGUUUGCUUUGUUGUGUACAGUAUCUGAUUUUGUUGUGUGAUUGACUUCAUAGUGCUCCAAAUGACCUGUAUGGAGUAUUCUUGUUCAUUAUGUACUAUAUAAAAUGUAAGAUAUAAAAACCUGAGGAGUAUUUUUAUCUUUGUCCUGCUUAAUAUUUGCUAAUCCACCAAGCCAUAACGAGUCCAGGACAUCUCAAAUGUUUACAGGAGUGCAUCUCUCUCACACACAUCCUCUGGGACACACACAUCACAUCCUGAUGACAUCCUCUGGG